UCUUCUUCUUAAGAUCUCUUUCUGCUUUCCUUCAUUCAACUGCUGCGAAAUCUCUGCAUCUUCUUUACUCUACGUUCAAAAAAUGGGUAGGAGUCUCAGCCCUUUGGUGAGGCAAGAGCUGGCAAAUCUUGAGAAAGAUGAAGAUAGCCGCAAAUCCGCCAUGAAGGCGUUGAAAUCCUAUGUGAAAGAUUUGGAUUAUAAGGCCAUUCCUUUCUUUCUUGCAAAAGUUUCUGAGAGCAAGGAAAAUUGUUCAGGGGAGUUCACAAUUUCAAUCUAUGAAGUUCUUGCACGGGUUCACGGUGUCAAAAUUGUUCCCUUGAUAGACAGCAUCAUGAGAACUAUAGUCAAGACUUUGGCUUCAAGUGCAGGGUCCUUCCCUCUCCAACAGGCUUGCUCAAAGGUGGUUCCUGCAAUUGCAAGAUAUGGAAUUGACCCCUCAACCCCAGAAGAUAAAAAGAGGCACAUUAUUCAGUCCCUUUGCUCGCCUCUUUCUGAUUCCCUUUCGAGUUCUCAGGAGAGUCUUACUUCGGGUGCUGCUCUUUGCUUGAAGGCUCUGGUGGAUUCUGAAAAUUGGAGGUUUGCUUCAGAUGAGUUGGUCAAUAGGGUUUGCCAGAAUGUUGCUGUGGCAUUAGAUGGAAAGUCUGGUCAAACCAACUCACACAUGGGCCUAGUUAUGUCGUUGGCCAAGCGCAAUGCUUUGAUCAUUGAAGCGUAUGCAAGGUUGCUAGUACAAUCUGGAAUAAGAAUACUGAAUGCUGGCCUUGUGGAGGGGAAUUCUCAGAAAAGGCUUUCAUCCAUUCAGAUGAUCAACUACUUGAUGAGAAGUUUGGACUCUAGAAGCAUAUUCUCAGAGAUUGAAUUGAUAAUUGAGGAGAUGGACAAGUGCCAAUCUGAUAAAAUGGCAUUUGUGCAAGGUGCGGCACUUGAGGCUUUGCAAACUGCCAAGAGAAUUGCAAGUGAUAAAAAACCAAGAUAUGCUAAAAGUCCUGCUUCAGUGACAGGAUCAAACUUUAGUAGGAGAGAAGAAGACUAUAUGGAGGGAGAGAAUACUUCUUCUGGUGAAGGAGAACAUACUCCUUCCUCUCUUACACCAGAAUCGAGUACAUUCGACUUUUUCUCUGGAUAUGAAUCUGUUGGGUCUCCUAUUUCAAGCAACUUAGACUAUGGACAAAGAAGCGUGACUAGGAAGCUUUGGAGUAAUGAAAAUGGAGGGGUUGAUGUUUCUCUGAAGGAUGGCUUGUUUUCACAAGUAGGAAAAGAAGGUGCUUUGUUAGAGCAUUCAUUGAUUCACGAGUUUUCUAAUGGAGAGGGAGACUAUACAGAGGAGUUUGCUGGUUUCAUGGGCAGAAAUACCAGGCAUGGAGUAUCCAAAAGUACCACCACAAGUCCACUAAGGUCACACACUCAGGCAACUGUUGACAGCAUAAAAAUCUUUGAGACCCCUAGGAAGCUCAUCCACUCUCUUCAAGAUUCAAGUGAUGUGUCUUUGGGUUGCUCUAAGAAGCAGAAUAGAAGGUAUAGAAGUCUAUCCUCAGACAACAUUGAGUGGAGUCCAGCUUCUAAAUACGACCAAAACGGUUUCGCAGAUGACACGAACAAGUGUGACAGUGAAGUAAUUGAAGGUUGUGCUGAGGUUGAGUUCCAAGGUAGCUCAGAGUCAGUCUCAUCAACAGAUGACAUUCCUGCAGAUGCCGAUAAGCAGAUGCAUACCGAAGUGGUUCCUGUAAACAGAAAUGCUAAGACUACAUAUAAAUUGGUUUGUGGUCUUUCAUGUGUUCUACUUGCAGUGGCCACUCCAUUGCUUUGGAUCAAUAGUCAGGAUGAAGGUCAUUAUCUUGUGCCAACAUAACAUCCUCAAAAUUAUGAGCACUUUAGGUAUGCUUAUUAUGUGAAAGUAGUUGUUAAUUCCAACAGUGUUGGAAAAUUCAGCAUAGCAGGAGUAUUAUAUGUUUUGUUUUCCUGUAAACAAUUCGAGAACUUAUUGAGAAUUUUACUUUCUAGUGAAGUGGAAACAAAAGUGGAUCUUUUGGUUAUGUUCAGUUAAAAUAGAGGCUGGUGGGUGAUGCACAUAUGAAGAGUUGAUGUCAUGAAAAUCUUUUGGUUUUUUUAUUGUGGCAUUGGUAAAUUCUAUGUUUUUAGGAGUUUUACCUCACUUUUUCUAUGAUUUGUAAGGAGGAUUGAAACACGUAGGAUAUUGCUCUU